CCCACUGUUAUACCAGAGCCUGGUUAUACCACUCUGUUUGAGUAACCCUGUGCAGCUGUAGGUUGGAGAGCAACAAACAAAAAUAUUUUUGUCGAGGAUACGGAAGUAUCUAAAGACAGUUAAAAAGCUAUGAGUGUACAAGUCAAAGUCGAAUACUGCGGCGGAUGAGGCUACGGACCCCGCUAUCAAGAGCUCGCGCGGGUGGUCACCGCCGAGUUCACUGAGGCGGAAGUGGUCGGGGUUGUUGGGAGACAAGGUAGCUUUGAGAUUGAAAUCAAUGGGCAGCUGGUCUUCUCUAAGCUUGAGACAAGUGGCUUCCCAUACGAAGAUGAUAUCAUGGAUGCCAUCCAAAAAGCCCACGAUGGAAAGCCAGUGGAGAAGGUCACCAAAAGCCGGCCACCUUGUGUCAUCUUAUAAAUCACAUCUCCUUUAGCUGCAACCUGUAACAUGCUGAUGAAAGGACAGCGUGGCCCAAUCACCAUCACCUCUCACCUUACUGGUACACGUAGGGUUUGUAGAGGACUCCACAUGUACAACACCAGCAAAGUUACAGCCUGAGACCACUGUAACCACUGCAUGGUAAUAUAAAGAUCUGUUGUGCCUUCUCUCCUCUCUAAUCCCAUUACCUUAUUGCCGGAGAUGAAUGACUACUGUAUCCUAAAGGUUAAAGGUUAUGGUAUGAGGCCUGUCCCGGUACUCAGUCUAUGGGAUAAGAGGCAGGGGAGAGGGUCUUUGUUGGAUGGGCUGAUAGGUUGGGGGUGAACUUCUAGAAAAUUCUUAAGCCUCAUUGCCUGGCAUGCAGUUACUGUUUGAUUAUCGGUCCAUUGUUUUCUUCAGGAUUAAUUUCUCAACAAGCUAUAGGAAUGCAAAAAAUAUAAGGUAUAUCAUGUAUGUUUUUGCAACCUUGACUAUGCCACGUUGCCAUGAUUUUAAGAUGGGUCAAAAUGCUUACCACGCUGUCUUCUGACAACUAAGUGGUACUCUUAGUUAAUUGCUAACUUAACUAUUAUUGAUUAUUAAAAGGGAGUUAACUUUUCUGAGUAUGCAGGUCUAAUGCAAUAUCCAAACCGUGUAAACAUUAAUAUGUUAACUCUUAAACUUGAAAUGUUAAUGCCACAAAACAAGUUGUACAUUUUAUACCAACUAAGUAGCUGUUGAAUUUAUUUUGUGACUUGCUGUGCUCUGUAGAAGUGCUCAGACAUGCAAAUGGUUCAUCAGUGGCAGUUGUGAAGACCACCACUCACUGUUCUUUCUGCUUCCGCUAUGAAACAUCCGCUGCUGUUUGUACGCACAGAUCAUCCUUGCAGAAUACUGUAAUAUUUGUCUAUUCUGGGCAGGCAAUACUGCUGGCAUUAAAUGAAGUUAUUUAUCUAA